AUGGAGAAGCCAUCAUCGGAGCAAGGAUCUAGGGAACAUCUAAUCCACCCUGAGUUUCCUCCGUCGCGUUUCCCUUUCCUGAGCACCGUCCUUUGGUUCGACCAGUCUAACAAUCGAGGCACCGCUCUGCUCUCCUGGUCCGUUUUCUUCCUCCUCGUCGUCGGUGUUCCGAUCAUCUCACACUUCGUCCUCGUAUGCUCCGACUGCGAUUUCCACCACCGACGCCCUUACGACGCCGUGGUUCAGCUCUCUCUUUCGAUAUUCGCAGGAAUCUCGUUCGUUAGCCUCUCCUAUUGGUCGAGGAAGUUCGGGAUGCGACGGUUCUUGUUCCUUGAUAAGUUAUGGGAUGUUAGUGACAAGGUUCGGAUCGAAUACGAAGCUGAGAUUCAGAGAUCAAAGAAACGCUUAAUGAUCUUCGUCCUCCCAUCAUUAACCCUCGAAGCAACCUACAGAAUCUGGUGGUACGUCUCUGGCUCCGACCAGAUUCCUUACUUCAUCAACCCUCUUCUAAGCAACAUCAUAGCCUGCACUCUCCAGCUCUCUUCUUGGCUCUACCGUAACGCCAUCUUCAUCACCGUCUGCAUCCUCUACCAAAUCACAUGCCAUCUCCAGACACUUCGUCUCAACGACUUUGCACGCUGCUUCGCCUCUGAGAUCACAGACGUUGGCUCAGCUCUCGCAGAACAUCAGAAGAUCCGUCGAAACUUGAGGGUUGUUAGUCAUCGUUUCAGGAGAUUCAUUCUCUUGUCUUUGAUUCUUGUUACCGCUACUCAGUUCAUGGCUUUGCUUACCACCACGAGAGCUAGUGUUGCUGUUAAUAUCUACGAAGUUGGCGAGCUUGCGUUAUGUUCGUUGAGUUUGGUAACAGGAGUAUUCAUAUGUUUGAGAAGUGCGACGAAGAUAACUCACAAGGCUCAAUCUGUGACAAGCCUUGCAGCGAAAUGGAACGUGUGCGCCACGGUGGACUCGUUUGAGAACGUUCAUGAUGGAGAAACUCCUACGGCUUCAAAUGUUGAGUCACAGAUAUCAACAUGUCGGAAUGCGAUGGAUACAUCUGAUGAUGAGGAAGGAGAAGGAGACGAUGAACUUGACAAUACCAAGAUACAUCCCAUCUACGCCAAUACCAUUUCUUAUCAAAAACGUCAAGCUCUAGUGACGUAUCUAGAGAACAAUAAAGCUGGGAUCACAGUGUAUGGAUUCCUAGUGGAUAGAUCAUGGUUGCAUACCAUUUUCGGCAUUGAACUUGCUCUUCUUCUAUGGUUGCUCAAUAAAACAAUCGUGAACAUACCAUGA